UCUAUGUACGUCGAGAGCCUCGUCCUCGCUCCCUCCCCGCUAUCAACAUACCCACACUCAGCUUCCUGAUCUACUCUAUUUCCCCACCACCUCGCAGUUCAUACACCCACCCCCGUAACCCAGGGUCGGUUCACCUCUGCUUGUCGGCCGGAUAGCAUUAGUCCUCGAUACCUUCGGGCUCAGCUGAAACACCGGCGCCGUGCGAGCGAUAUCACUGCCGGGCAGCGACCAGGCAGGCACCUCAUUCCUACUCGCCACAAGCUCGUCAAUUCCUCGAAGCACACACAAAAUAUGGAGGCGGGAGGUACGGUCGACGACAAAACCCCUUCUUCCAUGCUUUUCCUGGAGGAUACGGUCCAGAUCCAGUCGUCGGUGACCAAUGGCCAGCCUUUAACCGGACUGAUCAUGAAAACGUGGCACGACCUCGACGACCCCGGCGUGUGGGAGGAGAUCCGCGACACUGAGCCUUCGCCGAAAGCUACGACGGCGCACAUGAGGAGCUUCUACCGGACAGGACGGCCGCCGAGACAGUUCCACUACUUCGUACCGUCGAUCUCCGGCUUCCCCCCGUUUCUCGUGCACGAAUCGGAGUGCAAGCUCCUCGAUCGCGCCUUCUCGUUCGGCGAUGUGGCGAAGCGGAACCUCAACAAGCCCGAGUCGGGGAUCGUCGUGUCGGUGCAUACAACAGUCUCGCUGAAACCGUCGUUAUCGCCCUAUGCGAUACCUUCCCCCGACAGCUGGCCGGAGCUCGUCGAGGGGAUUUCCGAGGCGGAGCUGAAAUUUGUGUGUGACUGGAACCUGGGAGAGUUCGUCAUCUACAACAACUGCUGGCUGGGCGUGGUAGACAAUGUCUUCAGGGAGGUCACGAUGAAGCUGCAGAAUGGAUCCGUGGUGGUGCUAUACGAUCCUCAUAAGGUGAGGAAUCCGUUCGGAAUUGGCACAUUCUACAGGUCCGGCAGCCCGGAACACGCAUUCGCGAUGCCCGAUGGUGCUGUUCCAAUAGCACCCGGCGUCCAGGCCCCAACGCUUUAUACCAAUGAGGCGCUCAACGAGGCGCUACCACCAGGAAUCCACGUCAAGAAAACUGGCUUGAUGUCGGAGCAGGUGGCGCCGGGACAGACACUCGUCACGACGUCGGGAAACCUGAUGCACGGCCGGUGGGUCUUUGGCGCAUACGACCCGUCCGUGCCGGCUAUGGGCGUCGUCGUCGACGUCAAAACCAUCGGCAUACAGGUCAACUGGUUGUGUCAGAACAUGAUGGUCCCGGGACGGUUCGUUGCUGUCGAUAGACCACCUUCGCGAAUCGUCAUCGACGACGAGAUUAGCCGCAUCCGCAAGUUCAAGAAGUCGCUGGCCGGAUCUGUUGACAUCGACGGAAAUCCGUUCAAAGAUAUUAAGGACCUCAGUAGCGGUGCCGAGCUGCAGGUGGGUGACAGCGUGUGCUUCAUUGACCAGGUGGAGGCGGCCAAGAAAUACGGUUUCAGGAUGUACAAGCGCACCGAGACUAUGGGCUAUGAUAUCAACACGUUCGCCGUCGUCGGAACGCGGACGAAAGUUCGCGUGCUGUGGCAAGACACGACAGAGACGGUGGAGGAGAGCACGGCCUUGGUGCCGUAUCACAACGUAGACGAGCACGAAGUGUGGCCGGGCGAGAUCGUCAUCGUCAAGCCGGACAAGACAGGCGUAAAGCCGGAAAAUAUCCAGAUGCUGGAGGCAUUCAGCACCGUUGCCGGCACUGCACCCACCCCGGGGGAUAAGGGGGAGUUCAUGAGACCCGAGAAGGUCGGCGUGGUGCAGUCUGUUAACCCCGCUGAUCGCAUCGCAAGCGUCAAGUGGUUCGUGGCUCCGAAGGUCGAUGUCGCCGGAGGCUUCAUGAUUCCUGGAUCGACCACGGGAGAACUGCAGGCUACCGCUGAGGAUGUUAGCUUCUACGAUGCGGUCGCGCACCAGGCUUUGGGUGUGAGGAGAGGCGACUUCGUUCUCAUCGCGCCCGCGCAUCUGCAGGAUGAACAGCCGCAGCAGAUGAAACUGGAUGAGGCUUCCGUGCAAAUCCUUACUGAGGAAGCCUCGGCUCAGCAGCACAGUGCAUCUGGCAGUGCGUCCGCCGCCCCGAGGGUGGAACUUGAUGAGAGCCAGCUCGGUCACGUCGCCCGAUUUGUGGACAGCGUUCGUGGUAUCGUCGAUGUUGGAGUGCUGUCGAACUUGAGUUCUGCUCUGGGAAAUCACGUGAGCCCGCAGCUCCAGGCCAUCAGCAGAGUGCUGAAUCAGUACCCUGGACUCAUAGUCAAUCAGGCAAGCACGAGCGGUGGAGGGAACAAUAGGAUGACCCCGCAACAGCUGCGUGAGGCUACGCAGGCGAUUAUAGCGCGGAUGCCCGAUUGGCUGGGCGAGGUUGUCGACUUGGGUCUGGAUGGCUUGAUCACGGUUCGUCUGGGUGCUAUGGAUGAGCCGCGAGACAUCAGGGUUCCCAUCGAGAGGUUGCAUAUCAUCUUCAGCGAGGAUAUAGAGCUCGAUGAGGGAUUUGACGAUGACGACGACUAUGACGACGACGACGGCGAUACGAGCACAUCAUCCGACGACGGACGCGAGUACCGCGGCAUGAACGAGCCCGAGGUGAUCGAGGAGAAGAUCAUAUACGAAGGCGGGGAGCGGCUCGACAACGGAGGAGAGGAGGACUGGUUGACCGAUGACGCGGGUGAUGCCGAGGGCUCGGAUGACGACAUGCCGGACUACAAGGACGACAAAGAAGCUGCUGCGCCCAACAGCUCCGAGCCGGUGCCGCGCACUCCCCCGCCGGUCCCGGAUAAUGUUCCUGCGCCGGAAGCGCUCCAGCUAACCUCUGACGCUCCGUCGCGGUUCCUGGUCCUUGACACCCCCAUCCCGUCCGAUCACGCAUACAGGGACCAGCCGGCAAACGCACGCACCCCAGCAGUCGCCCGACGGGUGGCUAAAGAGCAUAAGAUCCUUUCCACCUCGCUCCCGGAAGGAAUAUUUGUGCGCACCUGGGAGUCGCGGCUGGACCUCAUGCGAGUGCUCAUCGUCGGCCCCCUCAACACGCCAUACGAGCUCGCGCCGUUCAUCUUCGACUUCCACUUCCCCGCGACGUUCCCUGUAAAUCCGCCGGUUGGAUACUUCCACUCGUGGACUCAUGGAAUCGGCAGGGUCAACCCCAAUCUCUACGAAGACGGGAAGAUCUGCUUGUCGUUGCUGGGCACUUGGCAUGCCGAGAAGCGCGGUGAGGGAUGGAGUGCCGCCGGAAGCUCAGUUCUGCAGUUGCUGGUUAGUCUCAUGGGACUUGUGCUCGUUCGUGAGCCGUGGUAUAAUGAGGCUGGCUUCGGCAUCUACGAAGGCGCUAACGAGGCCGCGCUCAGCUCACAGCUAUACUCUGAGAAAGCGUACAUCCUCGCCCGCGGCUUCGUCAAGCACGUGCUGCAGCAACCAGUCGAGGGCUUCGAGAACGUCCUCAACUGGCUGUACCUGCCGUACAAGCCCAGCGCCAGCGGCGGAGACUCGGAGGAGGACCUCGGCCACGGCCUGUUCCUGCUGAAAGACGUGGUCGAGAGGGCGAGACAUGUCGUUGCCAGGAGCGAGAGCGGUGAGGCGAUCGCCGUCGAGGAUACUAGCGACGGCGUGGGACGCGUCUCCAAGGGCGCUCUGUCGCUGCUCAAGAGGCAUCUCAAGGUUCUGGAGGACAUGUUGGCGGGCAUUACGGUUGCGGAAACAAAAUAGAGGGGGGGCUUGGUUGGCUUGGAUGGGCUUUGCGUGCGGCACACAACACUGGGUGACGGGAGAGGGGAAUGGCGUUUCUGGUUAGCUAGGCUGCUUUGUGUGGAUUCCUUUUUUUCCUUUUUUUUCCUUUCUUUCCUUUCCUUGUGAGGCGAAGGGGUGGUGGUGAUUGAGAACGGAAGUGGACGUGAGAGUGAGAGGGGAUGAUGGCUUCUAGAUUAGCUCUCCGAAACAUUUUCUGCGUCUUCCUUUACUAUGUACAAACAAGAUGUCAGUGGGCGUUUCCUGAAAAAUUUGAG